UACAUUGUAGCAACGUUGUUGUUGUUGUCAUGGAAACGUCGAUACAUUGUUGCUAUCUUUAUGAUGGAACCAGACUGGUGUAACUCUGUUAUACAGGACCAUGUGUUCAAGUGAAGGAUAACCUUGAGACAGACAGUUAAAUCUGCAUUAAAGACAUUAGAGACUGUCUCCAGGAUGAUCAGAAUCAGACGUGUCCUCUCUCCUCUGCGCUGCUUCUCUCACACUUCCGGAGGAGAAAUCAUUGAGGAUGUGUUUGAGUCUCUACAUCUCACUGAGCAGGCGUCUCUCUACGUGCACUGGCCUUACUGUCUCAGAAGAUGCUCCUACUGUAACUUUAACAAGUACAUCUCCAGAGAGAACAACGACCACAUCAUGACUGAGUGCCUUCAGAGGGAGACUGAGACAUUACUGCAGCUCAGUCAGGUAUCCUGCAUCACCUCAGUGUUUUUUGGCGGUGGGACUCCAAGCCUGGCUCACCCCUCAACCAUUGCUGCAGUCCUUGAAACUGUAUCCAGGCAGGCGUAUCUCUCAGAUAAGGCUGAGGUCACACUCGAGGUCAACCCUACUCCUGUGGGAAAGUCAAGGUUAGAGGAUUAUUGCCGUGCAGGGGUGAACCGUUUCUCCAUCGGAGUCCAGUCUUUGCAGGAUGAGGAUUUGAAAAUCCUGGGAAGAGACCACAGCUCCCAUCAGGCUUUGCAAACCGUCGAAGAGGCCAGGAGGCUGUGCCCCGGGAGGGUGUCUGUGGACGUCAUGUUCGGUCGGCCCAAACAGAGCGUCGAAUCCUGGGAGAACGAGUUGUCUGAGCUGCUGAGGGCGUGCGAUGACCACGUGUCUCUGUACCAGCUGACCUUGGAGCGAGGUACCCAGCUGUUCAGACAGGUGCAAGGAGGAGAGGUGACCGUGCCCGCUGAAGACAUGACAGCAGAGAUGUACCACCGUGCCAGGGGGGCGCUACACCAGCACGGCUUUCUGCAGUACGAGGUGUCCAACUUUGCAAGACGUAAGGCGGUGAGUCAUCACAAUACGAGCUACUGGAAGGGAAAACAGUACAUCGGGGUCGGCCCAGGAGCACACGGUCGGUUUGUCCCUCUGGGGGAGGGAGGUGUCAGUCGGGAGGCCCGGAUCCAGACUCUGGCGCCUGACGCCUGGAUCCGUGAGGUCCAGCAGAGAGGACAUGGGACACGGAGGCGGAUUCAACUCAGUCAUCUUGAACUAUUGGAGGAGGUGUUAGUGAUGGGAAUGAGAAUGACAGAGGGCAUUAAUCACAAGCAUUGGGAGCUGUUCAGCCCUCAACUGGGCCUCCAUGACGUCUUUGGCUCGUCCAGCGAUGUCAAAGAGUUGCUGCAGAGUGGACGACUCAUUCUUGAUGACAGAGGUCUGCGCUGCUCCUGGGACGGACUGGCCUUACUGGACAGCAUACUGCCGGCUCUACUGGUGGAGCUGGAAAGACAAAUGAGUCAGAAGCUACAAAGAGACCAAACAGAGAGGACCUCCAACCCACGAUGACAGUAAUGUUAACUCCAGAGAAGAUUUGUGGGUUAAGCCUACAGGAAAGAUAUUUAUUUAUCGGCCAAAUCUGCCUUAUUUAAGUUUUAUGAUCAAUAUUUAAAUUCCUUAUUUUAGGCGUUUUUCAUAUUGUAUUAAUUGAGUUUUUCCUCUUCAGUGUUACUUUGUUGUUAUUUGUCAUGGGACCUGUCCCUUAUUUGACCCUGUUUAUAGAGAAAUAAAACAGCCCAACAGGCCUUUAUAUUA